GUCUCCCUAGCAACCCCAGGGGGCGUUGCAGCCCUCAAGGCCUCUCUGCUGCUAGCUGCAGAGGCCGCACUACGAGACGAAUCCGCCCGCCCGCUGCUCGGCAUAUGCGCUGGCAGUGUGGAGGAGGGCUUUGCCUCUCUCCGGCAGUACCUGCUGGCCCUCGGAUGCGCUGACCCUGCUCUCUUGGAUCAGCCUGGGGGGCUGCUGGUGGCGUGGCAGGCCAAGCACGCCAAGGAGGUGGUGGGGCCAGCUUACAUCAAGUUCAACAGCAACUCCAAGACGUGCCAAGUCUCACCAUACCAGACAGGGACCUUUCGAGGAGUGAUCGUUCAGCUCGGUCGUCGGCAAGUGGGUCACCUCCCACUCUCGCUCUUCCCAUAG